GCGUGUCGGCCUUGGAGAUGAGAAUCACGCCAACUCGGAACAAUCCCCUCUCUUUGUGCAGUUCAUCGACUGUGUGUGGCAGAUGAUGAGACAGUUUCCUUCUGCUUCUGAGUUCAAAGAGCUUUUUCUCAUCCCCAUCCUGGAUCGCCCCUACAGCUGCCUGUUUGGUACAUUCCUCUACAGCAGUGAGCAGGAGAGAAUGGAAAAGGAAGUACAGGGUAAAACGGUCACUGUGGUCCUACAUUAACAGUCAGCCGGAGGACUUCACUAACCCGUUCUAUGUGGACUGUAAAAACCAGGUGCUGUAUCCACUGGCCAGUCUCACACAUCUGGAGCUCUGGGUGGGUUAUUAUGUGCGCUGGAACCCACGCAUGAGACCACAGAUGCCGCUCCAUCAGAAUUUGAGAGAGUUAUUGUUUUUGCGUGAAGAACGUGGAGGAGCUCCAGAGAGAGGCCACGUCAUCCUGCUCCAUCUCCUCGUCCUCAGAGCAUACUUCUCCCUCCUCACAUAGUGGCACACCACUUCACACUGCUGUCUAAAUACACACACACACAUAUACAUACAUUUAAGAGCACACACUGUCUUUACUCAAUGAAUACACUCUCAGGCACAAGUAGGGAGUGGAUGAGUAUGAAGCGGGCACACACACACACACACACACACACACACACACACACACACACACACACACACACAUUCCUGUUUGCAAUUUUUUUUUAACUAUAGUGAAAUUACCUAGUGUCACAUUUUAUAAAUCCUUAAUACUUAAAAAUGGAUCUUGGAAUGAUAGUCAGCAUGUCUGCAGCAUGAAUUCAUAGUAUUUACGAUCUAGUAUUUGACCUGUAAAUAUGUAAAAAAGAGAAGUAUUCAUAUAUUUGUCCUUACACGUCAUGUUCAUCUUUCCCUGUGGCCUCAUUUGCUCCUCUGUGCCAACUCCCUUUCAUCUUUUAACAUUUCAAUACAGUUUUUAGCUACUUGAAGGUUUUUUUUUGUUUUUUCCCCCCAAAGUGAAUCAUCCAUCUAUUUUUGUAUUUUAUUAGAUACUUUCCAUUUUAUGUCCGCUCUGUCAUCACACUGAAGCGUGAUAGUUAUGUCCGUAUUAUUCAUUUCUCACAGACCUGCCUUUCACCUUGCUAAUAUAUGGAAGCACUGAAUAAACAGUCAAUUUGUCAUGUUUUUGUAUGAAGGUGUUAAAAUGUUGAGUUGUACGGCCUUUCCUGAAGCAGGAAGCAGCGCCCUUCGAGCUAACGCUAUUACAUGAAUUUCUUCUAAUCUCUAUACUUUAAAAUUAUUUACCUUACGUUAUACAAAUAUAACUGACACUACUUUAGAUAAAACAAUCGUAACGUUGCGCUGUCGCUAAAUUUGAUGUGUUUUUACAAACAUCCGUGACUAGCUUGUAGCCCAUAGCCCGCUAGCAUCACCUACCGCUAGCCUUGUUUACGUUCCUUAUUUCUCAUUUACUGCUGUUUUGUUUAAAAAACAUAUGUCUGCUGUCGCUCCGGUUUUGAGUGCAGGUGAGGACUCGCUCGAGCUUCACAUGGUGCGGCUGGAACUGGAGGAUUUGGAGAAGCAGAUCCGCGGCCUACGCGAGAAGCAGGCCCAGCUGCUGGAGCGACAAACUGCGCUGGAAACAUCUUGUGCCUCUGCCCACAUAUCCAAGGUAAGCACACAGCGUGCUAUUUCCACUCCCAGGCCCUCUACGCCGUGUGUUUCUCUGUGCAGGGACCGUGCACCUAGGACUCUCCCAGCUGUGGUCUCCGUCACGCCGGCGCCAACACACCUCGGGCCUUGGGUGAACCAGCGGCGGAAGGCGCGGGCUGGACCCCAGGUGAGGAGCUCGCCACCUCCGGUGUUCGAGAUUCCGACCAGACCUAACGCUGUGAUCGUCGGGGACUCCAUUGUGCGGAACGUCCGUGUAGCCUCAUGUAAAGGUAAGGUGCACACACACUGUUUUUCUGGUGCUCGUGUCCUUGAUGUCGCUGCGCAGGUAUCCGGGAUCCUGAAGAAGGACGAGCGCAUUGGAGCGGUUGUGCUGCACGCGGGGACGAACGACACCAGGCUGCGGCAGACGGAGGUUCUGAAGAGGCACUUCUCCAGCCUGAUCGAGACGGUACGAGGCAGAUCACCCACCGCGAAGAUCAUCGUCUCUGGACCUCUUCCCACAUACAGACGUGGAGCAGAAAAGUUCAGUAGACCUCUAGCUUUAAAUGAUUGGUUAGUCUUUUGGUGUAAUGAGCAGAAUCUGGUGUUUGUCAAUAACUGGAAUCUGUUCUGGGAGCGUCCUAGGUUGUUUCAUCCUGAUGGCCUGCACCCCAGCAGCCUUGGAGCGGAACUGCUGUCUGACAACAUCUCCAAGGCGCUACACUCCAAGUGACUGUCUACCAGAUCCAGAUCCUUUCUGCCUCUGGAUGGAGCUCAAAUCUUCUCUAAUUCCAGACUGCUGGGACUACGGCUGCUCCUAAGGCCAUACAGACUUCAUAUGAAUCCAUAAUGAACUUUUUCACACUAUCUGUUGUUACCCAGAUGAGGACGGGUUCCCUUCUGAGUCUGGUUCCUCUCAAGGUUUCUUCCUCUUAAAACAUCUUAGGGAGUUUUUCCUCGCCACCGUCGCCACUCAGGGGCUUGCUCAGUUGGGAUAAAGUCGCACCUUUAAUAUCUGUAUACCAUGUUGAUAUUUCUGUAAAGCUGCUUUGAGACAAUGUCUAUUGUAAAAAGCGCUAUACAAAUAAAAUUGAAUUGAAAUAAAAAAAAGAUUGGUAUAGUCACGUAUCGUGACGUAACGAAGACAAGGUAGGAUGCAAGCGCAGUGUGAACAGUUUUAUUGAGAGACACACAGGCAGGUAAAUCCAGAACGUGAUCCAAAAACGUAAUCCAGUAACAUGCAAGGUUCAGACAAUCGGCAAACAGGCAUAAACGAGGCAAGGCAGGAAUCAAAGUCGUGGUCACGGGAUACAGGGUCGAUAUACCAAACAACAGCGAGGGACUGGUAGUGGAGAAACCAGCGUGAACUUAACAAACGAACCUAAACAUGAAACUAUGGACCGACUGUGGGUAUCUAUUGUAAGGACUCUAAACUAAUCUACUAUAACUCAUUCAAUAUUCCGCGCCGUGUGCUGGGAGGCACGCAGUAUAUAUGCGGAGAUAAUCAGCAUUGUAAUGGCUGACGGCUGAGGGCAAUUCAGACACACGUGAAACUACAGCCAACGACAGAACAGGGAGGAGACAUGACAGAAACAUAAACAAAUGCAUGUGUCGAAAUGUCACGAUUGUCCACAAGGGAAAAGCAGGUGCUCGCACGCUCACAUGCUCCACAGCACGCUGCUUAAAGGGGAACUCGUGACAGGUAUCUGGAUCGUAUCAUCAGUAAAAAUCCUGAUCGGAGCGUCAGUAAUGAACACCAUUAAACUAAAGCGCUGUGCAUCCGACGGGUAAAUGAACUCACCCAAUCACAUCCUAUAUGAGAUUAUUCAGAUAUCUACACAAUACACACAGAGCGGUUCGAGAACUGACUCCAGCCCAGAACCAUGACAGUGGAAAUGUCUAAUAGUGCAGCUUUAAAUAUAUUUAAGAGGAGCAGACUUCAAACACUGAACAUUGAGGUUUAUUGUAUUUGUUUACGAGGUAAA